ACUGUUCGUGUGGGCGACUUCAAAGUCUCAUAUUCGAUUUUUGAAUAGUGAAGUUAUCGUUCGUGGAGUUCCUAGUAAUCGGGUUGGCUUUCGAGUGGUCGUGGGUCUCUCUAAUCACAUAUUUGGUAAGAAGAGGUGUGUCCUAACUAUGGUUGAUUGGUGGUCAUGAUCCUCGUGCCUAGUACAUUCACGCCCUCCCUUGGUUCCAAAUUAAUUGACCGGACAAUCAUCAUUUUAAAGUCACGAAUGAUUUUCUAUCUGAAUACACUUUUUAACAUGCUUUUUUUUUUUGGACAUUUUCACAUUUGAAUAAGUCAUUUACAAUGAAUCAUGAUGUAAUGGAAAUUAACUUCAAUUGUUCUCCUAUCCUAUCAAACUAAUGAAUCAAAUCAAUCAAUCAAAUUUGGACAUAAUUGGACGAAUCAAUAAGUUUGAGGUAUAUCCUUCAAGACACAUGUUUUUUAAGGACCGAUACGUCAUUCUCAGGGGGGGAAAAAAGACCCAACAAAAGCGCUCGAAAGAAAAACCAGAGGGAAGGGAGAGGAGAAAAAGAGAUUCCCAACGGAAAAAUUGCCGGGAAAAUGGCAAACCCUAGAAGGAGCUCCUACUCCAUCAACGUCGGCGCCUCCGAUGACAACCAUAGCGGCGGCGGCUCCCAGCCUUCACCCUUUUCUUCUUCUUCAUCCUCCUCCGCCGCAGCCAUAUUUCUAUAUCUCAAGCACUUGCUCAGGAAGCCACACGCCUUCCCUAUCCUGCUCUCCGUCUUCCUCCUCCUUACAUGGCUUUCCCUCGUUCUCCAGCAGCGUUCAUAUUCUCAUUCCUCCGACGCUUCCACCUCUUCUUCCCGACUAGGAGGCGCCGCCGUCCAAUGGCGGAAGCAGGACGACGAGAAGGCCAAUUUGGUCCGAUUCAAAUCCAUGUCUUCUCCAAUUGCCAAGGACAACCGCGGAUGGCUUCUCGACCCCGUCGCUCUCGCCCUCGAGCAUGGCGUUAAAGGUGGAGCAGUUUCUUGUGCUACGGUUCAUCUGGGAGAAAUCCGACCCGGCACCCGGAGGGGAAACCACAGGCAUAAUGCCUGUAACGAAACGUUUGUAAUUUGGGGCGCCAAGACUUUGUUCAGGUUGGAGAACCAUCAGAUCGUUGAUAAAGGUUAUGCACAAGUGGUAGUAGAGGCAGAUGAAGUGGCUGUUGCAGCUAGCCCAAGUGGGACUGCUCAUGCUCUUGUAAAUAUGGAUUCGAUGCGCAGCACGUUCUUCGUCGGCUGCCAAGACUGUACAACGAACCCUGGCAACUUCUCCGACUAUGGAGUUUGGCAUGACCUCUGAGGCUUUCCCCAUUCUGUAAUCAGCAACCGCACCCCACCCAUUUCAUACAUUUGUGAAGAAGUUUUCCCAUUCUAGGUUUAGCAGAGGCUCUUUUUCCCUGUUUUGGUUUGAUAUGAUGAGCUUGCUGGGUACAGAUGGCUACAGGGAGAGAGAAAUCAGUUGUAUUGUUUUGUAUAUAGAGAAGUAGAGAUAGAGAGAGCUUGUUGUAUAACCGUAUGUUAUUUUUCAAUUUGAAGUUGAAGCCUUUAUGAAUGCAG